UGUUAUUCGUAAUGUCGGUGUUCAACGUAGCACGUGGACUGUGUCGGUCUCGAACUCUACAACGUCUCCACAGCCGAGUCACUUCGCUCGGAUUUUUCUUUACAGGGGCAAGAAGAUUGUCAGAUCAUCUUCCUGGGGAACCCAGUGAGAAUUCAGUCGAGCUUUUUGCCAAGAAGCUGAAUGUUUCCGACGUAGAAGCAAUCGAUGUUAGACACGGAGAUGGUUACUUCUCAGAGCAGUUCGAUUCGUUCAGUACACUUGGCAUCGAGGAAUGGUUGGUUGACCGUUUGACGGAGCUUGGCUACAAGAGGCCAUUUGAGAUUCAAGCCAGAACACUACCCUUGGCGUUACAAGGCAAAGAUGUUAUUGGGAGGGCUUUGACCGGUAGUGGGAAGACUCUGGCGUUUGCUCUACCUAUUGUGCAAAGACUAAUGGAAGGACAUAGUCGAAGUGGACCACGCGCAUUUGUUAUUGCACCUACACGAGAGCUCUGUAAUCAAGUGCAUCGGGCUGUAUCAGAGAUUACAGAUAGAAUACAAUGUGUAGCUCUGUAUGGUGGUGCACCUUACGAAAAGCAGGAACGAGAGCUAAGACAAUAUCCUGAUGUCAUCUGUGCUACUCCUGGUCGACUUAAUGAUCACGUUGAGAGAGGCAAUCUUUCUCUUAGAAAUGUUCGUAUUGUGAUUCUUGAUGAGGCUGAUGAACUUUUUACGCCUAAUUUUCAUCAGCAGAUUGAAGGAGUUCUUGAAGAUACGCCUGAUGACAAGCAAAUGUUACUGUUUAGUGCUACAAUGCCUAGACAAACUGAACAGGCCACUAAGAGGUAUAUGCGUAACCCUGAAACUAUUGACCUUACCAGCAAGAAAGUUAUGCCAUCAAACAUUAUUCACCAAGCACUACAAAUACCAUUUUACCAUCAACUUGAUGUUGUGACUGAUAUCUUGCAAAUGUAUCAGUCUGAAAGAGCUAUUGUUUUUGCACCAACAAAAGCUUUGGCUACUGAACUGGCAGCAAGAUUGGCAACAAUAGGUGUCAAUGCUGAACCCCUUCACUCAGAUCUAUCUCAGAGGCUAAGAGAGAAUUGUUUACAGCGUUUCCGAGAUGGCAAGGUGAACACGUUGGUAGCAACAGAUGUUGCUGCUCGAGGGCUAGAUGUUCCUGAGAUAGAUUUAGUUAUCCAAGUUGGUCCACCUCCCAGUGGCACAGAUUAUUACAUCCAUCGUACUGGGAGGACAGGCCGUGCUGGUCGGCAAGGACGUGCAAUACUGAUUUACUCUCGUGACCCCCAGCAACUCGACUUUGUAGAUGAAGUCAGUGAUUUAGUAGAUGUUGAACAUAUUCAGCCUCCAUCAUACCAACAAGUAACAGAAAAUGCCAUCAAAGGUGCUGUCCAACAAGUCAAGAAAUUUGACCAACUCUUGGCUAAUUUAGCAACUACAGAUGCAGAGCUUCUGCAGGAGGAGAUGGGCACAGCUGCUCUUUCUGCAGCGUUAGCCAUUAUUGCUAAUGUCAAAGAAAAAAGAAGUUCGUCAAGUACAUCAAGGGGAAGGUCUGCAUUUCAUGAUCGACCAGCAAACAGAAGUAAUAGAUACAAUCACAGGCAUGGUCACAGAAAGAACUCUCGAUACAAUGAUUCAUCAAUUGAAAGGAGAUGGGGAAAGCAGCAUCAGUUUCAUCGAUUUCGUAAACAAUGGCAGUGGGAUAAAAAGUAUUGAUUGCUUUGUAGUGUGUUAUAGAUGAGAGUGUUAACGUAUUGCUUUGUUGAUAUAAUGGUUGGAUGAAUACACUGAAGGAUGGAUGAGUUUAGGUUUGGUGGAGAGUGUGUCUUUGAUCAAUAACAAGAUAGGGUUAGAGCAGGGGUUUAAUAGUUACAAUAGGCAGAGUUACAAAUGCUAGCAGUGCACCUUCCUUGA